AAAAAGAAAAAAGAAAUAAGUGAAAAAAAAAAAAAGCAAAAUCAUACGGGUAGAUAUUUGAGAUUUGUCCAUACGGAGCAUGAAACCACAUUCUUCAUGGUUUCUUUUAAUACUUGUAAUGAGUAUAACCUCUAACGAACAAAGAACAAAAGCCAACAAAGUUUUGAGGAACAACGAGAACAUUGGUACGGUAUUGUUUGAGAAAGGCGAUUAUAUGAAACGUUGUUGGACCAGCGAGGAUUUUACCAUUUUGAAUAGUCGACGUAUGUUUCAAGAUAUUUUACCGAAGAUGAAGGUCAUCGAUUAUCAGAACGACCAAUAUAUAGCAUUGUUAAUGGAUUACUUUCAUAUUUGUCUCGAGUCCGUACGAAAGCUUUCAAUAGGAAAAACUAAACAUUUGAUGCUAAAAGCUUUGGCCGAUGCAAUGGGCGGUUAUUUGCGAGCUUACAUAUUACCAUUUACAAAACAAUCGUAUUAUGCAGGGAACAUCAAGUAUCAUAACGCAAAAAAAUUAUUCGAGCUUUACGACGAGCUUAAAGAUUUCCUUCAUACGAAUGGGAAUGGUUGGUCAAAGUCACGCGGUGAAAUUACACCAUUUAAAACGUUGCCAAUCGUAAUGACACCAUCGGAAUCAUUCGUAGCUUGUAACGGAUUAAUUACAUAUCCUAUUCGUGAAGAUAGAAAUAAUCGUCAUAUUAAAAGAAGUUCCGCUCGUAGAAAGAAAAAACGAUAUAUCUAUCGAUUAAGAUCGAGGAGACAUUUGCCUGCAGGAUACAACGAUGAUUCUGAUGUCGACGAAGAAUCGACGAUUGUUCCUAUUCCAUUUUUGGACGACGAAACGAAACCAAAUAGUAUCGCCGUACCAUUCAAAUCGAACAGCCUUCAGUCUUUACAUUCCGAACGAUCGGCGUUCGUUCUCGUUAAAUAUUACAUUGCCAGCGUGAAGUGUAUCGUAUCGAGGUCGAAAACAAAAGACGCCCUGGAUAAUUUCAAUAGAAACUUCUUCUCUUGGCUGCAGCAAUCAGUAAAACGACAUUUGGACGAUGAAAAAUGGUAUCCAGCAUUCGGUGGAGUUUUGAGAGUAAUUUUCUCAUUGGAAGAGACAGAAGGAAAUAUGAAAAUCAAAAGUCAUUCUUAUCAAGUUAUGCCGAAAAUGGAAAUCGUACACGACAGCGUGUCAAUCGAUGACAUACCACCUCUUUAUAAGAACAAUGAAGUUAUAAUGUUUGGAACUACCGAAUUGAUUAUAAUCGCUGUAGUAAGUGCAUUAUUGGUCUGGUUGUUGGUUGGUUUGAGUCUAGUUUGCUACAGAUAUCUCAGCAGACAUUCCGAAGAAUGUUCACCGUGUGAAUCUCCAAACAUACCAGUCGCAGUGCUCUACGAAAAUACUGAUUAUUCUAAAUGUGAGAGGAGAGUCUCGAAAACGAUCGUCCCGAUGGGACCAAUAGAAAAACUAAAGGAGUGGUAUAAAAACAAGUUCGGACGAUGUCCUGGUGGUUGUCAGGAUCGAUACGACGAGGAACGUUGUUUAGCCGCUAUUAGUUACACCAGCAAAGACACAGUAUCUGGAAGCAGAAUUUGCCAGAGGAAAAAAUACGUGAAAUCUACUUCGGCAUCACCUUCGAGUUCUCCUGUAGAACGAACGAUAUUUAGACGAAAUGUUUGCUACACUUCCGAUGCAUCUAGCACGGUGUCCGAGGUUCCAGGGAAACGAAGAAGAUAAUUAAUUAAUUAAUUACGAUAAUGAAUUGAACGCGUCGUAUUUUUAGCAGUAUAAUUUUGAUCAAUAUAGAUGUACUGGUAUAGACCGAAGUAUAAAUGUAGAUCUUUUCUAUAGAAAAAGAAAAAAAAAAGAAAAAGAAAAAAAAUAAAAGAGUAAAUUGUCUCGUCGAGAAAAUAAAAAUGACGAUCGUCGAUGCAUUCUACCAGUUUCAAACGUAGUAAGUGCGUGCUCGUUACCGCGUUUUUUUGAAACGGAAGGAAAAAGAAAAAAAAAACCGAAAAUAAAUAAAAAAAAAAAAAAAAACCGAACAAAGAGAAAAACGAAACGAAACGAAACAAAAGAAAAUAAAUAGAAUAAAGGGAAAAAACAAAUACGGCAAAGAUCAACGUGUAUUACACGAUUCAACUGCAACUUGUUGCGAGCAUUAAAGAAGAGAGGAAGGGAUCGAAAGUAACGAACACCGGCAUUGCCAUUGGUCGAGACGGAGAAGGAUAGAAGAGUGAGAAGGAUAUAGGGAGCAUGAGAGAGAGAGAGAGAGGGUGAGAAGCUGCGCGAACUGGAUGCGCCAUCUUGAAUUAAUCGAGCAGUUGAAAGAGCGGAGGGGAUGUCAGUCUCGUGCUGCACAUCGUUGGUGGUGGAUCGUGUACAGCUUUUACUUUUAUUACGAGAAGAAACUGGAUAAGGGUCUCGCGCGUUAUAUUCGGUAACGGACAUUUUUUCUUUCGAUCAUUAUCAAGACAAAUAGAGAGAGAAGAAAGAAAAGAGACAAAAAUUGUUUCGAUAUAUUUGUGCGAUGCGUCGUCAUCUACGUGAAAAAUUAACGUUCGAAGAUAAUCGACGUAGAAAACCGAACGAAUAUUUCGAAUCAAAUACGAAACGCGAUCGUCGAAGUUUCCUUUAAUCGUGAUUGAAUUACAUUUUUUUUGAAGACUUCUUUUUUCAAAUGAAACAAAUUAAUAACGUUUCGUUAUAAUUUUCAAAUAUAAACGAGACGAUCUUUUUCUAAAGUGAUAAUAUCGUUCGUAUUCGUGGACGACGAUAUCGACGUUUCUCUUUUGUUUUUUUUUGUUAUAGACAUUUUAUGCGUUUGAAAUUUUGGCGCGUAAUAGAACGAGAAUUUGAACGUUAUGAGAAGCACGAUGGAUGAACGGCCUGUCAACGUUCCUCGAAAUAUUUCAAUUCAGUUCAACGAAGAAUAAUCUUGACGAAUUCAUAUAUAAACAUUUUUAUAUAUAUAUAUAAUUCUUGAAAUAAUUAAAAUUUGUAUCGACAAGUAAGUAAAUCGUGUGUGGUGACGCGCUUGUGCGGCGUGGGAGGAGAGGGAGGGAGGGAAAGACGUUUGAACUUUUUUCAUUCGAAUAAGUGCGAAAGCCCGCGCGAAACAUUUGAAAGCGUACGUUCUGGCGCGUUUUCUAAAGAGAACGUUGGGAGG